AUGAGAAAAAUGGGUAAACUUUGUGAUGUGACUUUGCUGGCUGGAGAUAUUGAAAUAUUGGCCCAUCGUGCUGUCCUGGCUUCUUGCAGCCCUUAUUUUUAUGCUAUGUUCACUGCAGAGAUGGCAGAAUCCAAAGCUAAAAAGGUGACCUUGCAGCAAAUUGACCCAGCCGCCUUAAGUAUGCUGAUUGACUUUGUCUACACAUCAGAGAUUCAUGUCACAGAAGACAAUGUCCAGACCUUGCUGCCUGCCUCUAAUCUGCUGCAACUCAUUGAAGUUCAAGAAGCCUGCUGUGAAUUUUUACAAAGUCAACUCCAUCCUUCAAACUGUUUAGGAAUUAAAGCUUUUGCUGACCUCCAUGACUGCACAGACCUCCAUAUUUAUACACAGACCUACAUCGAACAGCAUUUUAGUGAAGUUGUCCAUUAUGAUGAAUUUUUGUCCUUAUCAGCUCCUCAAGUGGGCAAACUUAUAGCAAGUGAUCGACUGACUGUACCCUCAGAAGAACAGGUUUUUGAAUCUGUUCUCUCUUGGAUUGAACAUGAUAUGCACAAUCGUCAACAUAAUAUUGCUGAACUGAUGGAACAUGUUAGGCUACCAUUAAUGUCACAAGAGUUCCUUGUUCAGCGGGUGGAAUCUGAACCGAUGAUAAAAUCUAAUAGUCAGUGCAAGGAUCUCUUGAUAGAAGCAAUGAAAUAUCAUCUCUUAAAAGCAGAACAGAAAGUACUCUUCAAAACACCAAGGACAUUACCAAGAACACCAAUUGGAUUACCAAAGGUUUUACUAGUAUUAGGUGGACAGGCUCCCAAAGCCAUCAAAAGUGUAGAGUGUUAUGAUUUCAAGGAAGAACGCUGGUACCAAUUGGCAGAAAUGCCAUUACGCCGUUGUCGAUGUGGUGUAGCUGUGAUAAAUGGACAGGUGUUUGUAGUUGGUGGAUUCAGUGGAUCCUUACGAGUUCGAACUGUGGAUGCCUAUGAUCCAGUUAAGGAUACCUGGUUAUCAUGUCCGAGUAUGAAGGCCCGCAGAAGCACGUUAGGAGUUGCCUUGCUCAAUGACCUGAUUUAUGCUGUGGGAGGUUUCGAUGGUUCUUCAGGACUAGACAGUGCAGAAUGUUAUGAUGUAAAGACCAAUACAUGGCGAUCAAUAGCCUCGAUGAGCAUCAGGCGGAGUAGUGUAGGAGUUGGUGUUGUUGGCGGUCUGCUCUAUGCAGUUGGUGGAUAUGAUGGCUGUUCUCGGCAGUGUUUGAGUACAGUGGAGUGUCAUGAUGCAGAAUCCAAUACGUGGCGACCAGUGGCAGAAAUGUCUUGUCGGCGUAGUGGUGCAGGUGUUGGCGUUUUAGAUGGUCUAUUAUAUGCUGUAGGUGGGCAUGAUGGCCCACUAGUACGGAAAAGUGUGGAAGUAUAUAAUCCAGAAAAAAAUAUAUGGUCACCAGUUGCAGAUAUGCAUUUAUGUCGAAGGAAUGCGGGAGUGGUAACUAAUGAUGGACUUCUUUAUGUGAUUGGAGGAGAUGAUGGCUCUUCAAAUCUUGGUUCAGUUGAAUGCUAUGAUGUAAAAAGUAACAAGUGGACACUUCUGCCAUCUUGUAUGAUGACUGGCCGUAGUUAUGCUGGUGUGGCUGUGAUUGAUAAACCUAUUAUGUAG